UACAAUUGCCAUACAAUUGAUGGGCAGAUGUAGUGAUCAUAACGUAAUGUAUGAAUGGAUUGGUUGUGAAAACAUUCAAAACUCGGCAAACAAUUGAUAAUUGAGUCGACGUUUGGCUUGAAUUGAGUCCAUCUGAAGACAUGAAUACCCGUAGUAUUCACGCCGACCACAAAGAUCUGAUCCAUGACAUCGCGUACGACUAUUACGGUCGACGUCUGGCCACAUGUUCUUCAGACCAGAGCGUUAAAGUUUGGGAUAUCGGCGAAGACAACCAAUGGGUUUGCACGGCUUCGUGGAAGACUCACUCGGGAUCCGUUUGGAAGGUGACGUGGGCUCACCCGGAGUUCGGACAGAUUCUGGCCACGAGUUCUUUCGAUAGGACUGCCAUUGUUUGGGAGGAAAUGAUCGUGGACAACAACAAUGGAGAGCGGAAUCAAUCGGUUUGGUUUAAACGCCACAGUUUUGUGGACAGCCGUACGUCUGUGACGGACGUGAAGUUUGCGCCCAAACACGCGGGCCUUCUGUUGGCCACGUGUUCUUCGGAUGGAAUCGUUCGCAUAUACGAAGCGCCGGAUGUGAUGAAUGUUAGCCAGUGGUCCGUUCAGUACGAGAUUGUGUGCAACAAAGCGUGCAGUUCUCUCACAUGGAAUCCGUCGUUGACUCGACUUCGGUCACCGAUGAUAGCCGUCGGCAGCGAUGACACGAAUAACAGCGGUUCCAAAGUAUUGAUAUAUGAGUACAACGAAAAUCACAGGACGUGGCAGAGAGUGGAGAUCACACACGCCAUCAACGAUUCCGUUCAUGACAUCGCAUUCGCGCCAAACGUCGGCCGAUCUUAUGAUCUGCUCGGAGUCGCCACCACUAAAGACGUGAAGAUACUGUCGAUCGCACCCACAGUUCAGGAACCGGCGGCUCAACAAAUGGGACAAUUGACUCAACACAACGACACCAAUCGAUACGAUAUCCGGAUUGUGGCCUCUUUUGAAGACCACGGCUCACAAGUGUGGAGAGUCUCGUGGAAUAUCACCGGAACUAUUCUGGCCUCGUCUGGAGAUGACGGCACUGUCCGUCUCUGGAAAGCCAAUUAUUUGGAGAACUGGAAGAAUGUGGGCGUUCUUAAGGGCGACGGAUGUGUUGGACUAGCGAUGAGUAACUCAACGAAUAGUGAUUCAAAUUCUGUAUUGAAUGUCCCAAACAGAUCGCACUUCAAGUAAAUCCUAAUCUUAAUAUUUUUUAUGUCAAUUUUGUCAUUAUUUUGUCAAUUAUUUCACUCAAUCGUCGAAAACAUUGUUUGUUAUAAUUAUUAAAUUAUUUUAAUUUUAAAACAAAUAUACCAUUACUUUAAUCCUUAAAAGUUGUUUUUCAAUUUAAUUAAAACAUUAUAUUUC